AGGUAACUGUUGGCGUAUAAAAGCUGUCUCGCGGCCAACCUAGAACAUUCUCUCAGUGUCAGGAAGAUGACGUCCGACAAGCAGAAGGAAGCAGUCAUUGAAAAAGAUAAAGGAAAUGCCUUUUACAAGAAAAAAGAAUUCGAAAAAGCGCUGGAACAUUAUGAAGCCGCUCUGAAAUUAGAUCCAACCAAUAUUUCCAUCAUGACCAACCGUGCAGCCGUUUACUUCGAACAGAACAAGCUGGACGAUUGUAUCAAAGAAUGUGAAAAAGCCAUUGAGGUGGGUCGUGAAAAGCAUUCCCCGUUCAAUGUGAUUGCCAAAGCGUUUUGCCGCAUUGGCAACGCUUAUCUGAAAAAAGACAACCUGGAGAAGGCGCUCACCUAUUACAAUAAGUCCCUGUCUGAACACCGAGUGCCCGAAGUUGUAAAGAAGGCCCAGAACGUGGAGUCGAUGAUCAAAGAGAGAGAACGGCUCGCCUAUAUUAACCCAGAAAUCUCUUUGGAGGAGAAAAGCAAGGGCAACAAAAUGUACCAGGAUGGGAACUUUCCGGAUGCUAUCAAACAUUAUAACGAAGCAAUUCUCCGCAACCCGGACGACGCCAAAAUCUACAGCAACCGGUCGGCUUGUUACAUGAAGUUGAUGGAGUAUUCGUUGGCCUUGAAAGAUGCCGACGAGUGCAUAAAAAGGGAUCCGACUUUCGUCAAGGGUUACCUGCGGAAAGGUGCCACAUUUUUGGCGCAAAAGGAAUCGACCAAGGCAGCCGACGCCUACUCGAAAGCUCUGGAACUCGACCCGCAAUGCCAAGAAGCGAAGGAAGGUUACCAGAAGUCGGUGAUGAGUCAAGGAAACGACAUCGACAGCGUCAAGAAGCGAGUGAUGAACAACCCCGAAGUGCAGAACAUCCUGUGUGACCCUGCGAUGAGGGCCAUACUUCAACAGAUGCAGGAGAACCCCAAGGCAAUAAGUGAACAUCUGUCCAACCCCGAAAUAAGGGACAAGAUUGACAAACUCAUGGAAUGCGGCAUUAUCGACAUUCGCUGAUUUCUUUUCUCUUUUUUGUAUAUUUUCUUGUUUCCCCCCACCCCCCAUGUUUUGUUUGUUUAUACAUCCACACUCAACACACUUUUAUAAGUACCCUGUCUGAAUGCAGUUUCACAUACACACUUGCCUGGUACUACUUGAGAACAGUGGUCCCGGUGCGCGCACUCGCGUACUGGCGCAUCCGCGCUAGCUAGUUGUGACUAGUCGAUCCUACAACGGCUAGCUAACAAAGUAAGGAUCGACUAGUCAUGACUAGCUAUGUCGGAUGCGCGACUAUGCGAGUGCGCGCACCGGGACCAUUGUUCUCCAGUAGUACCCACUUGCCUACAUACAUACACAUCCACCCCCUACUACAUUCAUCUAUUUGUCCUUUCUUUUUUUUCCCCCUCACAUUUAUAAAUCAAACACAACCAACAAAAACAGCCACCACCCAAAACUGGUAACAAAGAUCCACGCUUUUAAUGUUCUCUCCAAGCUGCCAUCUUCAUUAAGAUUUGCCAUUAUUAUAAUUAUUUAGAGAAAAGCUCUCAAGAAGAGCCUGAGGAACCCAUCCUCACUUCGCCUGUCUUGUUGUAGACCACGAGGCGACAGGUUUGUGUUGAAAUGACUAAUUAUUAUAAUUGAUAAGUGAAUAAGUUUGUGGGGCCUUGGUUGUUCCCUGGUGGUCAUCAGUUCGGAUCCCGUUGCAAACGGUUCUGUUUUGAUGCCAGCCUCCGACAAACCUCGUCCUAAAAUGAAACCACAUCCUCUUCGUCUGGAUGGAGAUAAAAUGAAAAAACAAAGACAUUACAUCUUUCCAGAAUUAUUUAAGUGAUUGAGGGACAGGCUUCACCAAACACUCCCAGCUUUUCACUUGUCCCCUAAAGACCCUCAUUUUUAUUCCUGAUGGUCCCUUAAGUUUAUCUUAACUGAUACUGCUGUGCUUAUGGGUUGCAAAUAUACACAUACGCUCGUCCGCGUCUAUGUAUGGUAAUAUAUAUAUAUAUAUGUAUAUAUAUACAAACACUCGGUUAUUAAGUAUGAGGAUCUCCAUGGAAUCCGAAACCUUUCUCAGUCCACACAUGAUGUACACAGAGCAAUAAUACUUACUACUGUGUGUCUAGGGUUUUCUAUUAGUCAUGCUAACGAUGAUGUAUACCACCUAAAGUGUCCAACCCUCCGCAUUAUUAUUAUUAUUACUACUACUACAAUGAAUAUUUUGUAUGAGAAUCCACACCACCAUUUGCUAUUGGACAUUAUUACAAGACCAGAACAACAACAACAACAAUUAGAAACGAUCAUAAUUACGAGUGAUUCUCUAAAGCCAGCCAGCGUGCGAGUGUCUCCUUCUUCUUCUUCCUCAUCUUUUCCUCUUUUGGAUGUAUUCAGUAUGAGAAUCAACAAAUACACAAGUUUAGAAAUGA